CCUCCCCUGUUCACCUCGUUUCUAGAGCGUGUUCUCUCUCUAGGAAAUCCCGCUUUCGGUCCUUGAAAUUUCAUCUCUUCCUUCGACCGCCAUUUUGCUUCUACUUUUGCCUCUUUCAUGGUCUCUAGCUCUCUGUUCUCUACUCAGACUUCUCUUCUUAGCUCUUUCUUCUCUGUUCUGUAGUUAUAAUGGCGGACUUUCCCCCAAACUUAGACGAUGGAGAACUAUGGCUUCCUUCUGAUAUUUUCCCCGACGAAGUUUCCCCAAUGAUAAGCCCCAAAUUUCCUUCUGAGCUCACGUACAUGGAAGACCUCGCUCAACAGCUCGCAGCUUACGCUUUGCUUGAACGUAACCAAAACACUGCUAAACCUUUUCCAAAUUUAGUUCCAAACUUAGAGAGUAAGCAGCAGAGCCGGUACGGGACUAAUGUUGCUCCACGAUACGGGCUUGGUAUCGGCUUCGGAGGGGUUCAUGAUGUUGGUCACAGACAAAAUCAUUAUGCGCCGGUGACGGUGAAUGGUGGGUUUCGUGUUGGUUUGACACAGGUUUACAGGUAUCGUACGAUGAGUCCUUCUCAAGCUCAGCAGGUUGAGAACUUCUUGCGAGCUAGGGUUUUGCAGGGGCUCCAAAACCAAAACCAAAACCGCCUUUUGCCAUUUCAGGUAAACGGGAUGGGGACUGGUGGUUUUGGGAGAGAAUCUGGAGGGACUGGUGUCUUCCUCCCCCGUCUUGCAACUACCCUUGAUGUUAAGAAGAAGCAUCAUUGUGUGAAAAAGGGGGAGGAGGCUAAGCAGAGACAUCCCAUUAGAAAGGCUGUUGUGGAGAAGCAUGAGAGGCUUCAAUCUUCACCAGAGGUGCGCUUGCCACAAGAUUGGACCUAUUGAGGUCCAUCUGUUUGUCCAGCCAAAGCUGUGUAAAGAAAACCCCCUUGUUUUGAAGAAUAACUCCAUGCAUAUUGGAAGGAGAAGAGAAGGAUGUCUGAAUUAUCAUUUGGGUUUUGCUGGUUUUCCUGUAGUAGGGAAAGGAAGAAGGGGUUUAUAAGGUAAAGUGUAGGGAUGUAGUAUAAGUGUAAAGGGUGUGUGUGUUGUAGUGUUUGGAAGCUACGUGCAAUAAAUAAUAGUUGUGGAAGGUUGUUUUUUUGUGGAAUAUAGGGAGGUUAAUGAGUGUUGCUAUUUAUAAGUUAUGGGCUUUGUGGUUUUUAGUGUUAUUAAUGCACAGUCCCAGAUUUGACAGAUUA